AUGCUGUGCACAAGGAGAACUAAAACUUUGGUGUCAACAUGCGUGAUACUGAGCGGCAUGACCAACAUCGUCUGCCUCAUCUACGUCGGCUGGAUUACCAACUACAUGGCCAACGUGAGCUCCAAAGUUUCGGAGAGCGGCGAAACGGAGGCAAAGUUUGCGGACGACGCCAAAGGAGAGACGCUGAAGAUCAUGGAGAGGCUGGAGCGGCUGGAGAGCGUCGUCAGCCAGCACAUCAGAGAAACCCCUCAGAAGGAAACUGAGAUACUGGCCCCUUCAUCGGAUUCUGUGUCUGAUCCGGCCUCAUCUCUGUUUGACCACUGGGGUCAUGACCUUGGGCUCGAGAGCCGCAGGGUUGCUCUCAGGAAGUUCCGUUACUAUGGUUACAACAGCUAUCUCAGCGACCGCAUCUCACUCACCCGCCCUAUCCCCGACUUCCGACCUGAUGAAUGCAGAAACUUGUCCUAUCGAUCAGACCUUCCUCAGCUCAGCAUCAUAUUUAUCUUUGUCAACGAGGCCCUGUCAGUGCUGCUGCGCUCUGUACACACCGCCAUCCAGAGGACACCCCCUCAUCUGCUCAAAGAAAUCGUACUGGUGGACGACCAUAGUAAUAGCUUGGAAUUGGAGGAGCACCUGCACAGUUUUGUGAAAGAGACCAACACCCAGCAUGGUCCAGGAUUCAUGAAGCUGGUCCGCCAUGACAGGCGGGAGGGACUGAUCAGGGCCCGGGUCAGUGGAUGGAGGACCGCCUCUGCUCCGGUCGUGGCUCUCUUUGACGCCCAUGUAGAAUUCAACACUGGAUGGGCAGAGCCUAUUCUGCAGCGGAUUAAGGAGGACAGAACACGUGUAGUGUCUCCAUCUUUUGACAACAUCAAGUACGACACUUUUGAGAUUAAAGAAUAUCCUCUGUCGGCUCAGGGUUUUGACUGGGAGCUGUGGUGCCGGUAUCUCAAUCCACCUAAGUCAUGGUGGACGCAGCACAACCAUUCCACCCCGAUCAGGAGCCCAGCUCUGAUUGGCUGCUUUGUGGUAGACCGCAAGUACUUCGAAGAGAUUGGCCUUCUGGACGAAGGCAUGGAAGUCUAUGGAGGCGAGAACGUGGAGCUGGGUGUCAGGGUAUGGCAGUGUGGGGGCAGUGUGGAGGUCCUACCUUGCUCUAGGAUAGCCCACAUUGAGCGUGCCCACAAGCCUUACACAGAGAACCUAACAGCCCAUGUACGCCGAAAUGCCCUCAGAGCGGCAGAGGUUUGGAUGGACCAAUACAAGAGCCAUGUCUACAUGGCCUGGAAUGUUCCACAACAGAAUUCAGGAAUAGACAUAGGGGACAUCUCGGAGAGAAAAGCCCUGCGUUCUAGACUUCGGUGUCGGCCAUUCAGUUGGUUCUUAAACAACAUUUACCCUGAGCUCAGAUCCUACAGCAAUACUAUCGCUUAUGGAGUGUUAAAGAAUAAUAUGAGACAUGACUUAUGCUUGGAUCAGGGACCAGACACUGACAACGUUCCCAUCAUGUACCUCUGUCAUGGUAUGACACCUCAGCAGAAUGUGUACUACACGAGCUCCCAGCAGCUUCAUCUGGGAGUGCUGAGUCCCACGAUUGACGACGACGACAACAAGUGUUUGGUGGAUGUUAACAGCAGACCCAGGCUGCUGGAGUGCAGCUACGCAGCCACCAAGCACAUGAAGCUCACCUGGACAUUCACUCAGGGCAGCUCCAUUCAGAACACAGAGACUGGCCGCUGUCUGGAGCUGGUGGAAAGCAGCCAAUCAGAGUUCAGCGUUCAGCUGGCUAUUCAGAACUGCUCUGGUCAGAAAUGGACCAUAACCAACAUACUCACUGUCUUGCCGCAAUGA